UUUUCUCAAAUAUUAUGAUGGUGCUAGGCCUUCAAAGGCCCCUGCAAAGAAGCGUCUACCUACUGAUGAACUUAAAUCAUCAGAGAAACGGUCGAGUUAUGAACGACCGGACCGUUCGUUCAAUCCGUCAUGGCAAAACGGGAGAAGUUGGCUAACAUUUGCCGAUGGUAAAAUGACUUGCAACAUUUGUGUUAACUAUAAUGCAAGCAAGAAUUCAGCUAGGCCUAGUUCUGAUCAGAAUUUUAUUUCUGGGUCAAGAAACUUCAAGAAAUCGACUGUGACCGAUCACGAACUGAGUAGAAUUCACAUUCGUUCAGUUGAAUUAUUCAAAGCCGAGACUAGUUCCAGUGAUGAAAUAGCGUUUUCAAAGGCAGGGAGAGCUCUACAGAAAUUAAAAAGUGCUGACAAAACAAAAAUGACUUUUCUAUUUAGAAAUGCACAUGCUGUUGCAGUGAAAAAUAGACCCCUUUCCGAUUUUAAAUGGUUGUGCGAACUGGACAAAGUUAAAUCUUUAGAAGUUGGAGACACAUACCUUAAUGAUAGGGCAGCUUUGAAUUUUAUUCAGGCUAUAGCUGCUACACAACAUGAUGAAGUCAUUAACAACUUGGAACAUGCACCUUUUUUUUCCUUCAUAAUGGAUGGGAGCACAGACAUAAGUGGCGAUGAACAAGAGUCCAUGUAUGUCAGAUCAUGUCACAAAGGUGUUGUCACAGAGAAUUUUCUCAAUAUAGGAAGUCCAAGAAGCACAUGUUCAUCGGAUUUGUACUUUUAUGUCACAAACAUCUUGGAGUCUACUGGCCUACACAGCUUUGCAAAAGAUAAGCUAGUUGGAAUGGGAAGUGAUGGUGCAUCGAACAUGAUUGGUUCCAAAACAGGUCUGGCAACACGUCUAAAAGAGGACUUUCCAGAGAUGGUUUCUGUUCACUGCCUAUGCCACCGACUCGAGUUGGCCUUCAGGGAUGUGUUCAGGAAGGCAGCACUCUAUGAUAAGUGCAUGACUUUACUCAUAGGUCUUCAUUACUUCUACCUGAAACCAAAGCAGAAGACAGGACUUGUCCACACCAUGAAGUCCUUAGGUAUUAAUGGACUUCUUCCUCCUAAAGUGACUGGUACCAGAUGGCUGCCCCACCUCUCACGUGGCUUGACUGCAUUUUUCCGGUCAUAUCCUGCAUUGGAGGCCCACCUGUCAACAGCUAGUCACGGCAAUGCUAAGGCUGAAGGCUUAGCGAAGAUGGUCCUGGACAGACAUCUGGUAGCUUUCACGCUCUUCCUUCAGAAUCUCCUUGUGCCCCUCCAGAAACUCUCACUGCAACUACAGAGGAACAAUGCUACUCUCUCUGAUGUCCUACUUUGGACUGAGGCUACUACGGAGAUGCUUCAAGAUUGCAAAGAAAGCCAGUGCAAGGAUCUUCACAAAGUUUUGGAACAAGGAACGUAUCAGGAUGUGAAGUUGAAAGGUAGCUGUCCAGCCAUGACCUACAAGUCUGUUUUAGUAGACAAGACUAUGAAGGCCAUAGAGGAGAGGUUCGCCAUGCAGCACUCUGAAUCAGCGGAUAUAUUUGCUGCCACAAAGAUUGCUUGUCUGCGGUCAUGGCCAUCCGUUGAAGAUUCGCAAGAGUUUGGUGACAGUGAUAUCUGUGUCAUAUUCCGGCAAUUCAGCAACACUCUAACCAAGGCUGGAAUAACAAAGGACGUUGUUGAUCAAGAAUGGAGACUGAUGAAGAAAAUACUUUACAAAAGAAGUGGGCUGAUAUUCACCGACAGCAUGCAGAGCAGUUUCCUGAACUCCUGGUCUUGA